UGGCCGCCCCCCUGAAGAUGGCGGCGGAGCUGCAUCCGCGGAGCGGAAAGCUUAUCGGCCUGUCCAACUCGAACCGAACCGCCAGGCGCAACCAGCCCAUCCAGGAGUUCAACCACGGCCUGGUUUUCAGUAAGGAGCCCUUGAGGGACCGGGAUGUCUUCACCGUCCGUAUUGACAAGAAGGUGAACUCCUGGAGCGGCUCCAUUGAAAUUGGCGUGACGGCGCUGGACCCGGCCUCACUGGACUUCCCCAGCAGCGCCACCGGACUUAAGGGCGGCUCCUGGAUCGUAUCGGGCUGCUCGGUGCUGCGCGACGGCCGGUCCGUCCUGGAGGAGUACGGCCGUGACCUGGACCAGCUGGCCGAGGGCGACCGCGUGGGCAUCCAGCGCAGCUCCCAAGGAGAGCUCCACCUGUGGGUGAACGGCCAGGACUGCGGCGCGGCCGCCAGCGGCCUGCCGCCAAAGCUGUGGGCCGUGGUGGAUCUGUACGGGAAGUGCACUCAGGUGACGGUGGUCAGCUGCGAGCCACCGCCGCCUUCUGCAGAGAGGGAGAGGGAGACGAUAGAGCGGGACGAGGAGGAGGAGGAGGAGGAGGAAGAGGAAGACGAGGUUGUUGUUCGAGGGGGUCGAGAUGAUGGGGGGAUAGCAGCACUGAUGAAUGUGGCAGCAAUAAAUGGAAUGGUGAAUGGAGAUGAAGUGCCUGAGCUCAGCUGCAGCAACAGUCGACCAGACAAGUUCCCCAACAACCUGGAGCCUGAUGCUGUUCUCACAGAGCACCAACUCUUUGACGUGUUCAACAACGCAAUAGUUUCAUUUUAUCGCUCCGGAGACGAGGGAGGAGGGGACGAAGGUUCAGAUUGGGAUGGAGGAGGAGAAGGAGGAGGAGGAGGAGAUGCUGGAGGCGACUCCUCUUCCAGAAACGACAGAGGGAGCAGCAGUGGGGGAGGUGCAGCCAAUAGUGACGGCGGUACAGGGACGACUGGAGGAGGAAGAGAUCGGGGGGAUUGUAACAACAGCCCAGCGGGUAACGAAGGAGCAGCGCCAGGCUCCGGAACGGGUGGGCUGAUGACCAACGACGCGCUGCUGUUCCACGAGAAGUGCGGCACGCUGAUCAAGCUCAGCAACAACAACAAGACGGCUGAGCGAAGGAGACCUCUGGACGAGUUCAACAACGGCGUGGUGAUGACCAACCGGCCGCUCCGGCACAACGAGAUGUUCGAGAUCCGCAUCGAUAAGCUGGUGGACAAGUGGUCGGGUUCCAUUGAGAUCGGCGUGACCACGCACAACCCCAACAACCUGGACUACCCUGCAACCAUGACCAAUCUGCGCUCAGGUACAAUCAUGAUGAGUGGCUGUGGGAUCCUAACGAACGGGAAAGGAACACGUAGGGAAUACUGUGAAUUCAGCCUGGAUGAACUUCAGGAGGGCGAUCACAUCGGGUUGAUGCGGAAAGCCAGCGGCGCUCUCCAUUUCUACAUCAACGGUAUCGAUCAAGGCGUGGCAGCAGCCCAGACGCCCAACGUGGUUUACGGUGUUGUGGACCUAUAUGGCAUGGCUGUCAAAGUCACUAUAGUCCACAACCACAACCACAGCGACCGCCUCAGGCGCAAUAACGCCAUCAUGAGGGCGCUUUCGCCUGAUGUGGGUCGGCCCAGGCCGUCUCUGGCCCUCACUCCGGACUCAGAAGCACCUGACCGCCUUUUGUUUCACCCAAACUGUGGCCAGAAGGCAGCCAUCAUUUGCGACGGCAGAACGGCGCUGCGACCGCAUGCAACUGAUGACUUCAACCACGGUGUGGUCCUGAGCAGCCGCCCUCUGCGAUCCAACGAGGUGUUCCAGGUCCGCAUUGACAAGAUGGUAGACAAGUGGGCUGGUUCUAUUGAAAUUGGCGUCACGACGCACAACCCGGCCUACCUGCAGCUCCCUUCCACCAUGACCAACCUACGGUCAGGGACAUGGAUGAUGACGGGUAAUGGCGUGAUGCACAAUGGAACCACCAUCCUGGACGAGUACGGACACAACCUGGAUCGCCUCAAGGCGGGCGACACAGUGGGCGUCGUGCGGAAAGAAGACGGCAGCCUGCACUUCUUCGUGAACGGCGUGGCGCAGGGCCCGGCGGCCUGGAACGUUCCGCCAAACGUGUACGCUGUGGUGGACCUGUACGGCCAGGCUGCGCAGGCCACCAUCAUGGAUGACAUGGUCGACCUCCCUCCUCUUCCGGAGGACGGCUCAGACGGCCCCACCGCCAUGUCCCCUGGGACCCCCUGCUCGGUAACGGGGGCUCCCACAACCACGGACCUGCGAUUCCACCAGCUGCACGGCACUAACGCCGUCAUCACCAACGGGGGCCGCACCGCGUUGCGUCAGAACUGCCGCAGCGAGUUCAACGACGCCAUCGUUAUCUCCAACAGGUGCCUUCGGGAAGGGGAGCUGUUCGAAAUAGUCAUUCAGAAGAUGGUGGACCGCUGGUCAGGUUCGAUAGAAGCAGGGGUGACCGCCAUCCGGCCCGAGGAGCUGGAGUUUCCAAACACGAUGACUGACAUAGACUACGACACCUGGAUGCUGAGUGGGACCGCCAUCAUGCAGGACGGCAACACCAUGCGCAACAACUACGGCUGCGACCUGGACUCCCUGACCACGGGUUCUCGGAUCGGCAUGAUGCGCACAUCCAACGGUGACCUCCACUAUUACAUCAACGGCGUGGAUCAGGGCGUCGCUUGUUCGGGGCUGCCAGCAGAAGUGUAUGCUGUGAUCGAUCUGUAUGGUCAGUGCGUUCAGGUCGCCAUCACCAGCUCCUCCGGCCCGUUGGACAACAGCCUCUGUACCAGUAACGUCACGGAGAAGAGCUUCCCCAUCCACUCUCCAGCAGGCGUCGCCCACCGACUCCACAGUAAACACGGUAAGAACGUGGUGCUGCUGGGCGAAGGCUGCCAGGCCAUCAGAGUGGGCGGUUAUUCUCACGGCAUCGUUUUCAGCGCCAAGGAGCUCAAAGCAGACGAGCUGUUUGAGGUGAGGAUUGAUGAAGUGGAUGAACAGUGGUGCGGGUCUCUGCACAUCGGCCUGACCACGCUGGCGCCUACGGAGCUGCCGUCCUGCCCGCUGUCCGGUCUCUCUCCCUCACUCCCGCAGCUCCGCACCAAGGUCACCUGGCUGCUCUGUGGGUCCGAGGUGCGGCGAAACGGCGUGCUGCAACGACAGAAUUAUGGCUAUUCGUUAGACCGGCUGACGGUGGGGAACCGAGUGGGCGUGAAGCGCUGUAACGAUGACACGAUGCACAUCUUUGUUGACGGAGAGGACAUGGGACCCGCCGCCACCGCAGUACCCAAAAACGUUUAUGCGGUGUUGGACCUGUACGGGAGGAUAACUGCGGUGUCCAUCGUCAGCUCCUCACUGACGGAGGACUCUGAGAGCAUCAAGGCGCCCUCGCUGACCUCGGAUAGCUGCAGCGAAGGGGAGGAGGACAGCAGCCCUGUUAGGGAGGUUGAGAGCGAAACGUGCCCCCUGGUUCCCACCAUCAUGAUGUUCCUAGAAAACCACGGCAAAAACAUCCAGCUGUCCAACCAGAACCUGACUGCGGCCAGGGUGUCCAGCUACAACCAGGGCCUGCUGGUCACCGCCCAGCCGCUGGCACGCCAGCAGCUCUUCCAGUUUCAGAUCGAUCGUCUGAACCCGUCGUGGACGUCUUCUCUAUCGUUAGGGGUGAUAGGCCACUCCCCCGACCGGCUGAACUUCCCCUCCACGGCCUGCUGCCUGAAACGAUCCGCCUGGCUGCUGCAGCGAGACUCCGUCUUCCACAACUCCCUAAAAAUAUGUGAGAACUACGGUCCUAACCUGGACACUUGUCCAGAGGGGACGGUGUUGGGUCUGCUGGUGGACACCAACAGCUGUCUCCAUCUCUUUGUGAAUGGAAUGGACCAGGGCGUGGCGGCGCAGGACAUCCCUUCACCCUGUUACCCCUUCAUUGACCUCUACGGCCAGUGUGAACAGGUUACCAUAGUAACGAACAAUGUGCCAGCUGUGGGUGCGGAGAGCGGUGAGACGCGCUUUCAGGGAGACAUGGAGAAGGCGGAUAUGGUUGACGGUAUCAAAGAGAGCGUGUGCUGGACACCCCCUCCAGAGGUCAACCCCAACAAGACCUGCGAGUACCAGGCUCUCUGCUCCCGCUUCAAGGACUUGCUCACCUUACCAGAUGGCUACUUCAACGAAGAUGCAAAGUACAACCUGUGCUACUGUGAGUCCUGCCACAAGCUCCGGGGGGACGAGGCGUACUACAAGCGAGGAGAGCCACCCCGAGACUAUGCCCUGCCAUUUGGAUGGUGUCGCUUCGCCCUCAGGAUCAAGUCCCACUGUGAGGUUUCUAAUGCACUAAAGAAGUGGCACAUCGCUUACCACGGCACAAGCGUAGGAGCCCUGAGACGCACACUGGACCACGGCCAGCUGCUACCUGGAACAUCGUCCAUUUUUUUGGUGUCUCCGGUGAAAACCGAAGGUCCAAACGGCUACACCGAACCAGAGGAGAACUGCGCCCCCGGCAGGGAGGUUCCCAGGGUGCGGCUCUCCCCGACCAUGCGCUACUCUGGCAUGGAGUCAUUUGCUCCUAAAGUGCAAUUUCAGGACCCGCGUUCUCAGCGCCGCCACCAGGCUCAGGUGGGUUUCCAGGUGUGCGUACGGCCGGGCUCCUACAAGGUGGGACCUCAGACACUCAGCCACAGCGAGCCGCUAGAUCCUCGCUUCAGCAACUCGGAGAUCGAGUGGAUAACGAAGGAGCAGGGCGGCAUGCUUCUAUACGGGCUGCUUAUCCGGGUGGAGUGAAGGAAGCGAGACACUUUUGGUGGUUUUUGAUAAACAGACAACCAAAUCCAAGCCCUGCCUUGAGCAAGACACUCCUCUGGAGUCCAGCUGGUCCCAACAGCAGAUUGUUGACAACUCAGCAUUUUUGGUUUUGUUUGGGUCACUCACUUUGGUCGCUACUAAGAACAGACACUGCCUGCACUUUAUGUUUCGGACACUAGUGGGCGAUUUUCUAAACGUCUCAUCGACACGUUUGUUUAUUAGCUAUGGUUUUCUCUCCUUAAUUCAUCAUCAGUUUGCUCUUCCACCCUGGAGUAGCUUCUUUAGUUUAGCACUUUGGACCUUUGGUGAGUGUUUCAUUAUAGGAGGAGGUAUUUCUCACCACAUUUUACAAAGAAAAUGACUGAAAGGUAUGUAUAAUUGAAAAAAAGAGGGAUGUGUUUUAAAGGCGAUGAAGAAAUGACGCAACACUUGAAUCUAAAUAUGAGCCCGGGAGCAUGGUGUGAUUGAAUACGCUAGCGGGAAGAUUUUAAAACUGGACUGCGGGAUAAGUUUGUUUACACAUCUGUCUUUCACUGCGUUUUUCUGUCCGCUUUUUGUCUUCGUAUAAACAGACACUUUUCCAUCGGUUUACACAGAACUCUGAGCCGGGAUAACGUUUCACCCUCUAAUGUGGCCAUUUAUUUAUCUCAAAUUUUUAACCCCAGAAUUUGCAUUUUAAAGGUUACGCAUCUAGAUAAUGGGUUUAUGUGCCAGUCGUGUCCCCGUGAACAGUUGCCGGAAGUUGGAAAAGGAUCAAAUCCAAUAUGGCUGCUGCUUACAAUAAAACUCUAAGGAAUUAUGUUUGGGGAGAUGACUGUGGGAUUUAUGCAUUCGUAUCUAGUUUCCAACUGGAACCUGAUCCAGCUCAGGUUCCUGGGUCCAAUUUCACUAUGUUUCAGCAAUUCUCUGCGUUCCACUCGGUUGCUGGAUCCCACUGAAUGAUCACUUAAUAGAAGUCCAGAAUAUGGUUGGAAACAGGUUUUACAAAACUCUGGGUGGCACUUUUUAAUGUGAAAUAAAAUAUAGUUUAUAACAGCAAGUUUUCUGCAUGUGGCAGCCAUAUUGAAUAUUUAACAAUUUGCUUUUUAAAACCUGUAAUUUCAGGGAUAAUUCUUGAUGUAUUACCAACCAUGAACAAGAAACCUGAGUCCUGGAUGGAAUGAAAACCUCAGAUCAAUAUGGUUUCCAUGUUCACUGAAAGUAACAGCAAUAAUCCUUUUGUAUCUCACUAAACCAACCAUGUUCUAUGCUAUUGCUUCUGAACAUGUUCCAGUUGUGUCUUAAUGCAUAAAUCCUACCGUUUGCAACUAGAACCUGAAUAUUUGCAAAAUGCCUUCACUCUCUGAUCUAAAUUUGGAACUCUGAUCUAAAUAUGGGGGAAAAAAUUGGAAAAACCUGUGUGGUAUUUCCUAAUUGAGGUGUUGGCCUCUAGUAGCAAUACAUGGUAUUUUAGAUUCACGUUAGGAAUGUCACUGGUUCAGUUAAAAACAACUAUUAUUUGUUAAAUAAAUUGACUUUCACCAAUUAUUUUAUUUACCUGGCAGCCAUAUUGGAUAUUAACUUGUGGUUAAUACCCAAAAGUUUGCUUUAGGGGCUGUUAGUUUUGCAUUUCCAGAUGGGAACUCUGAAAAUUCAGCUUCUAAAUUACAAAUGAAAUCCUUUUAAAGUUGCAGCCAUGUUGGAUUUAAACUCCUGAGAUCUUCAAUGUCAACCCUGUACCUGAGGUCAGACUUUCAAGGUGCACAGAACCGAUCCAAAGUUCUGAUAAAUGUUUUUAUUUUGGCGUGAAACAGAAAUAGAUCAGGAGCGAGUAGCAGACGUUUCAUAAUCACAGCUCCAACUGUCGGGACUAACAGAAAAUUUGAAUGGAUGCUAGUUCGAGCUACCGCUCAUGUAUUACAAGUUACAGUAAAUGUCCCAUAGAUUUCUGAAAUGCAGAUUCUGGUUUAGAUAUUUUAGAUUUAAAACUGCCCAUUCUGUUUUUGAAUUUUACAAUUCUUACAUUUAUCCAUUAAAAGUAAGCUAUUGGCAGCUAGCUAUGGUCCAGUUCUUCCAGAAGAUUCUCAGAUAAGUUGGAUGUGCUUGGUAAAAACUAACACAUAGGUGAAGUGAGCUUAAAAGGAAAGUAGAAAUUAGGUAUAGAUAAAGAAAUGUCUAAAAAAAGAUUUUUAGUGGAAGCUAAGUGCUAGCUUAGCUUAAAAGCUAAAAAUGGGGAUAAAAUGCUUAGGUUGGCAUUCUGCACUUCGGUACAGCGCUGUUCCACUGUCUUUAAGGAACGUCAACUGCUGACAGACAUAUGGGAGCAUAACUGUAUUAUUUUAUAGUAUUUAUAACAAAGGGGAGGGGUUGGGGUACUAUAAUUUUAUAAGUUAACUAGGUUAUAAAGUUAUGUUUGCAUAUAUUUAUCUGUUUUUGCCCAUGCUAAGCUAAGUAUAUUCCAAUAUCAAAUAUCCCUUCUAAAACGUCCAACAAAACCAAAAAGUAUGACGACAUUCUUGCUUCCAAUCACCGUUUACACUCCAUGCAAACCCGUCAAUCCUUCACGCCUGACGCCGUUUACCGGGCCGACGCCACCUCCUGCAGGGCUCAGAAACAUUUCCUUUGUUUGACAUGGGGUAUCCAUCAAACUGGUGUUUACAUUUGAAUGUUUAUAAUUAGGGCUCUGAAUUAAUUUCACUCCAGGAUUAUUUGACACUUGUCAAAUGUUUAUAAUUCAAAACACCUGCUUGAAUUGUUUACAGUCAGCCAUUUGUUCUUUUUUUUUUUUGCCAAAUCGCAUCCAGGGGGAAAAGGGUUCAUAGCUCAUGUGUCAACCUCUCAGAAAUGACAGUCAGAGAAGCUCAGUCAUUAAUCAGGGGGAGAAAAACUUAAAAUAGAAUAAAAAAAAAAAAAAAAAAAUGUGAAAGAUGUUAUUAAACGGGUUAUUUCAAGCCCAGUGCUGCUUUGUACACUUUAAUUUGUAUUUUUGUUUUUUUUUUCUCUGUAUGUUGUGUUGUACAGGCUGUUACAUAACAAAUCAUAUCUUCAUGAUUUAUAAAAAAAAAUAAAAGCAAAAGAACUGACAAACGGUA